AUGUCAGAUUAAGUGAAAGAAUUAAUUGAGGAAAUGAUUCCUAAUGUGAGUAUAUUUACAAUAAAUUUAAGAUUAGAGAAGAAAUCAUUAAAGAGUUGAAACCUUAAUAUGAAACUCAAUUUUAAGAGUAAUUGAAUUAAGCCAAAUAAGAAAUUACAGGUUCAUAAUUCAUUAGUAAUUAAUUGGCAGAAAAACGAAGAGAGGUUUUUCAUUUCAUAUAUAAUGAUAGCUAGCAUAAUAGAUUAUGAAUUAAAUUGAGUAAGAAUUUGAAUAAGAAAAACAAUCUUUGAUUCAUAAUGUUUCUGUAAGUUUAAGUAAAAGUAGAUCAAUGCAAGUCUUGGAAUAAUAGUAUUAAUUUAUUAGAAUAGAUUAGAUUGAGAUAAAAAAUAUAAAAAGAAUAUACAGGUUAUGUGGAAGAAGAAGUGAGAAAGAAAAUCCAUUUAAUCAAAUUGAAUUGUUAAAAAAGUUAUGAAGAGGAUAGAAUUGAGAUGAAAAAUUAAAUGACUAAUGAAUUUACUGAAAGAUUAUAAAUUCAUUUAGAUUAGCUUGAAUAAAGUAUUAUCCAUUUAUAGUUCCAAAGCAAAAUCAUAAUUGACCGUUGACUAUUAGAAUUAAAGAGAGAAAUUAUUAAGAAUAGAAGCUGAAACUAAAUAAUUCUAAUCUUAAAAAGAAAAUCAAGAAAAUACAUAUGGAUAACAGAUAUAAGAAAUACAUGAAUAGAUCAAAUUAUUACAAGAUUAAUUAUCAUAAAUUAAGGCUUUAAAACAUUAAGCUAUUAAAAUAAAACCUCAAAAAAAAGAAAUAAUUUAACCUUAACAAUAAGAUACAUAAUCUUAAUUAUCACCUUAUCAAUCAGUUAUAAAAAAUUAAGUACUUUAAGAAUGUUUAAUUUAUGAAGGAUUGAAUAUAGCCAAUUUUGAUGAAUUGCCAGAUUUAUUUCAUUUAGAAAUUAAAUAAAAUGGAAUUGAUUCUAAAUAAACAGCUUAAAAUCUGAUUCCAUAAUAUGAAUCAAAUCAUAUUUAAAAAUCAGAAGUAGCAUAAACUAUAAAUACUUAAAUUAAUACUCAUGAUAGUUAAAUUAUUUCAUUCAAUAUAUCAUAACCAUCAAUAGUUAAGAAUACUAUUAAUCAAACUUAAAAUAAUACAUGUUCUACAUAAUAAAAGUAAUAGAUUUCUUAACAAUAAUAAAUUUAAAAGUAAUCAUAAAUUUAAUAAGAAAAAGAAAAUGAUCCUUCUAUAUAAGGUAAUUAUAAUUUUCCAAAACGAUCUUCAUAAUCUCCUAAUUAAUAAAGGAAUAGUUAAGAUGAAUAAUAAACUAAAAAAUCUUCAUUUAUUAAUUAAUCAACAAUAAUAGAGAAAUUAGAAAAUUUGUGUAAAGAAAAGAUUAGAUAAUCUCAAACAAAUUCCAAUUAAAGAUAAUCUAAAAUAUUAUUACCUUAAGAUCAUUUUGAAGAACUCUUUUAGAUAGAUUCAAAAGAUAAUCAAACAACAAGAAACAUUAAAUUAUUAAGAUAAGAGCUUUAAACAAAAUUUUUAGAAGAUAUAUAAUUAGAAGAUUAUUAUUUCUAAUAAAUUAGUUUCUUUAAAUUAAAUUUUGUUUAAUAAUAUCCAAAAAAUUAGUAAACUUAAAUUACAGAAAAGAUAUAAUAAUUAAUAUCAAUUUGGAAUAAAGGUCAUUUAUCAUUUUCAGAAAGAAUAGAUUAUAUUAAAAGAAUUAUUAAUAGUUCAAAUUCUACUUAUGAAUUAGAAUAGAUUUUAGAAGAAUGUUUAAUGUAUUAUUAAUAAAGUAAAUUUAUAUAAAAUAUAAAAAUUAGAUGAAUUAUUAAUAGAGAAACUUUAAUAGAGAUAAUCAUUUAGAUCUUAGAUAAUGAAAGAAAAUUAUUUAUGUUAAAAAAAUAAAAAAGUUUUUGCAGCAUUAAAAAGUUUAACUUAUGAAAUUAAAUGUUUACUUAAAUAUAAAUUCUUUUGGAGAGAAGUUGAUGUUGAUUAGAUUAUUAUGAUUGAUUAGUUUGAAUAAUAAUUAAUAGAAAGAGAAGAAAUGAAAGAAGAAAUAAAAAGGAAAGUCGAAAAAAAGUUUAAAUGA